AUGAUUGACUUUAGGCAUCACUCCGAUUAUCAGAGUUCUUCUCAUAAUUCUAGUAGCUCCUCCUCAUCUUCAGGUUAUUUAUCGAGGAGACAGAAUAUUGUCAAAGUUAAGGAUGCCUUGCUGAAUAGAAUAAUUGUCAUGACUGACAAAGCACCUCAGAAAUCAUGGAAGAAUUUCAUCCUCAACUUGCUCGUUGUAUUAUAUUCAUGUUAUGGAGCCGUUAGCAUAUCAGUAAUGGGUGAUUAUGGAUGGGGAGAAUAUGGAUUAUGGAUUUCAAAAGCUUUGAAUUAUCCAAUUACUUUUUCCUUAGAUUUGAUUACGUAUGAGGCAAUGAUUGCAAUAACAGUUGUUUGUAUGGUGUUUAUUCUUGCUGCUUUGGUUUUGUUUAUUACAACUGCAAAGGCAGCCAUGACAGCUAGUAGGAAUAUGAAAACCUUUAGAACCUUGUUGAAGAUUGUUGCUUUUGCUUGCUUUUUUGGUCAUCUUACAAUACCGUACUUGCUGACAUCAUUUGUGGAUUGUGAUAGAGUGUCAGGAAAGAAGUUCUUUGAAGGAUACACAAUAGAUCAGUAUGCUCUUUCUAGAUUUCCAACCAAAAUGUGCUACUCACCAACUAAUAUUGCACUUUUGGUUACUUGUAUUGUUAUGGCAGUUGUACUGGUACCAGUAACUGCAAUGUAUAAUCUCAUCAUUACAAAUACCCAUCUCAAAAGCAAAUCUGUAUUCAUUUCAGAGAGUCCAUUCUUUAUUGCUCACUUUAUGGCAACAUCUCAGUUGCAAGUAAUUGUCAUGUAUGCUAUUCCAAAUGAUAUGGUAUUUGUGAGGGCUAUAGUUCAUAUUGUUCUCUCUACAACUUUGGUUCCAUCUAUUUUCUUCCUCAUACCUCACUAUUCUCUAUCAGAGAAUGGUUUUAUGAGUGGUAUUGUCUUUUCUAAAAUUGGUACAAGUUUAGGUCCUCUCAUUUCCUCUUUCAUUAAUCAAAAACAAGAUUUAGAAAUUGGACUAGGAAUGAUUAGUACAUCAAUUGGACUGGCAAUAAUUGGAUUUUUUAUUGGUUUUGCAGCAAUGACCAUUUAUCUUGGUGUAUCAUAUUAUUCCAUAAGGAGGGGUUUCAUUGGUUGCUUGGAGAAUUCAUUGGUAAAACUUUUGGAAAAUGGAGUCGAAUAUACUGCCAGCGAGGAACAAAUAUCAGAAUUGAGGCAUUUAUUUGAAAGAGAAAGUUACUCUUUCUUCAAGGAAUUGGAAGAUCAAAAAAGAAUUAGACAAUUAUACAUUUUCUUUAGAUUAUCAAGUAGAAAGACGAAACUUUUAAAUGAUGCUUUGGGUCUAAGUGACAAUGAGAUUUGCAUCUCAUUCAUCAAAGGAGUGGCUCAACAUCGUUCCUUCUCCUAUCCUGAAAAUAUCGUUGCUGCAGCAAUGACAACCGCUUAUUUCUGGAAUGAAGGCACCAACUGUUAUGAAUAUUCUCUCGCUUUAUUGAAGAAAAUCAAGAGACACAAACUCAAUAUUAUAACAGAAUUUAUUUUGAAAGAAAAAUUGAAAGAAAUGGAAACCUUACUGCACAAAAAAUCAGGUGAAGGUUCUGGUAUUAGUUUUGUGGAUGUGAAGCAUAUUUUAGCCAACUUGGAAAGACAACACCAUACAAUCCUAUCUUGGCACAAAGCGCUUUGGAAGGAAAUGACCAAUGAAAUGGUCAAUUUUGGUACUGUUAUUACAAUCAACAGAAGAAUUACCCAACUAACUGUUGAGUCAGAAAUAACCUUUGAGAAUUUGAUGAAAGAUUUUGGUGGCGAUAAAUCAGUUCUAAGAUUAUAUGCACGAUUUCUUGAACUGGUAAUAUUUAACAAUAUCAGAGCUCAAGAGUUGUAUCAAGAAGCCAAUGAGAUUGAAGAUGAAGAAGAAAGGAAGGAAGGAAAAGUAAUAGGAACCAUCUCAUCACCAGUGAAAAGCCCAGCAUCAACUGUUCCCUCUAAUGCCAAAAGCCCCUUGUCUUCCAUGUCAACAGCAUCAAAACUCAUAUCAUUUAGAAAGUCUGUCAUGGAGAGCACUAACAAACUUACUGCAGAAAACUCUACCACAAAAGAAAUGACGGAAGAGACUCCUGAAAUAUUGAACUUGAUUAAUGAAGCUUCAGAAGAUCCAGAAGUAAGGAAGGAGGGUCUGUUCAGAAUGGCCUUGGCUACCUCAGGGGAUAACAAGGCAACGUAUAUAGUGGUACUGAUAUUUGUAGUAGUUUCUUUUUUAACAUUUGUUGCUUGUUUUGGAUUUGGAUAUUAUGCUCUUGUGGCUUCCACAAAAGAUAUGCCUACAAUUAUUGCUAAUUGUCUUCCUAGUGUUGAUAUUUCAUAUUUAUUGAUUGAAAAUAGAAUAGAGCAAAUGUUUCAAGUCUUGGCAACUAUUGAUGGCAACACAAAACUUAGUACUUUAUCUUUGGAAGCAAAAGGAAUUUACAACUACACUAGCUACAACCAUAUUCACAAGGAAAGAUUGGACAAAGUUAUUCACGGUCUCAAAGUUUUAGAGGAAAUGGCUCUUGAUGGCUCCUUUACUAAUGAUAUUUUCCAUGAUUAUUCUUCAGACAGCCAUACGUUUAACAUUCCACAUAUUUUAGAUACUAAUAAUGACGAAUUUACUGGUGUAGAUGUAUCUAAUUCCUCAAUUGCCCUCAACACUAAUCUUCUAAUUCAAAUAGCAAGAGAAUUCAAAAAGUACGGUCUUGAAGAGUUUAAUGCCACAGUUACCAACUUUAAGUUCAUGUACUUGUGGCUCAAUAGAGAUACCAUUCUUCAAAAUUACCAACAAUACUGCUUACACAUUGUUGAUAGAAAUUAUGCCACUGUUUAUGAAACGGAAUUGAUAUUUAGAUAUUUCUACAUAUCUUGCCUGAUUGCAAUGUUAAUGGUGUUUGCAUUUUCUAUUGUUAUGUUUUUCGUAGUUGUGCGUUCACUUAAACAAGCAAUCAAACUGGUGGAGAGGAACAUUCCAAAAGAUGUUAUUAUCAAACUCUACCAACAAUUGACAACCAAAAAUCAAGAAUCAGUCGACAGUGGCAGCUCAAUAUCUGAUUACCUUAGCAAUCCAUCCUAUACUUUCACAUUCCUCUCUAUAUUAUUGAUAGCUUUAUCCGCACUCUGUGUAUCUAUUUUUUACCUGGAGGCUUUCAGCACUUCUUCAGAAUCAGAAUUAAUUAUGAAGAGUAUUGCCAAGUCUGUAAAAAUUUCAAAUUAUGCACAGAAAGGAGUGUUUAGUAUUGGGGAAUUGAUAACAUUCAAGUUACUUCCGAAUACCACUGCAAACAACCCUGCACUACUUUCCAAUGCAGAUCUUGUAAAACUGCACGAUGGCAUUGGUGAGAUUGGGUUGAAUUUGAAUGUGUUGUGGAACAAGCUGAUAUAUGGAGACAAGGAAAAUGGUGAAAAACCACUCAUAGGCAUGUUUUCUGAGGUUGAUGAAAUUAUAAGCGGUACUGGAAACUGCUCCAAUAGAACCUCAACUUCUCAUGCAGCCUGUUCCAGUUUGAAUGAUAUGGUGAAUUUGUUCUUGGUUGAGUUGUCAAUAGUUAAUCAAGUAUUUGGAACAACUACAGUAGACCCUCUCAAAACAUUUAGUGAAUUUUACACAGGAAUAUACUCAAUUUGUAGCCAGCUUACUGAUGAUAUUGAAAUAUUUUUGAAUAUUUAUAUUGAGGCACUUCAAAACAAUACGUCGUCUCUGGUUAGCAUUAUAUUUGGAGUUCUUGGUUUACUAACAAUUCCAUUCACUGCAUAUUUAUUGUUCCUAUCACUUGAUGCUCACUUUAAUGAAUUUCAAACUUUGAGAAUGAUGUUGAACUAUGUUAAAGUUGAAUAUUUGGAUGCCAAAGAUGAAAUUCGUGACUUCGUUCUCUACAAUCAGAUAAAUAAGAGUAAGAAGAAUAAGAGCAGUCAACAACAAAAAGAAGAAGAAAAGGAUAAGGUAAAGAGUAUUUUCAACACUGCAGUAGAUGGAGUGUUGUACUGCAACAGUGAUUUUGAUAUUGAGAUUUACAACCCUGCAGCAAGACUUUUAUUCUUGAGAAAUGUCAAUGACGUUGUUGGUUUGUCUGUUUUCAAUUUAUUUGAUACGGCAAGUCAGGAAAAGCUUGGCAAUAUCUUUGAAGCCAUGACUUCUAUAACAGCCAGUACUACAAUCAGAGGAGAAACUUUAGAAUUGGAUUGUGUGAAGAAGAAUGGAUCAUGUUUUCCAGCCAAAGUGAAUAUAUCGUGGGCCAUGAUUGAUUCGAAAGUUUUUUUUUUAUUUAUCAUUAAGGAUAUAACACUUGAGAGAAAGCAAGCAAUUGCACUUGCUGAAGAAAAAAAGACUUCUGAAAAUUUAUUGAGAAAUAUUCUCCCAACCAAGAUUGCCCAAAGAUUGAUGAAUGGAGAAACAUUUAUUGCAGAGAAGCUUCCUGACAUUACUUGUUUAUUUACGGACAUGAUUGGAUUUACAGAAAUUUCUUCUAUUCUCAACCCUCAAGACGUUGUCUUGUUACUUGGAAAUGUUGUGAACGGAUUUGAUAAGUUGACUGAAAAGUACAAUAUAGAAAAGAUCAAAACUAUAGGUGAUUCUUACUUUUGUUGUGGUGGAUUGGAUGGAGGAGUGACUCACCCAGAAGUUGUUCUCCAAUUUGCUAUGGAAACUUUCUCAGUGGUGAGAGACAUUAACACAAAUCGAUACAAAGAAGCUCUUCAAAUAUUUUGCAGAGAUGAUCCAAAACCAAUUUCUACUCAACAAUUGAAUGUUAGAAUUGGUAUCAAUACUGGUCAAGUUGUUGGUGGUGUAAUUGGUUUCAAAAAGUUUGCAUUCGAUCUAUGGGGAGAUACCAUCAAUGUUGCUUCAAGAAUGGAAUCAAAUUCAGAGGAGGGAAGAAUUCAAGUAUCACAAUCAACCUACGAAAGAGUUAAACAUUUACAAAUGGAAUUUGAGGAACGAAAGCUUGAAGUUAAAGGAAAAGGAUCCAUGCUUGGUUACCUACUCAAUGACAUGUACCACUUGAGAGCACGCCUCAAUGAAGAAGAUGAAACAAUGCUCGUGAAAAACAUGAGAAUGGAAAUGGGAAUGCUCGAAUCAGAACCCUCAGAACAUUCUGAAAAUGCAGAACGAGUCGAUGAUGAAGAUUCAUUACGACUCUAG